GGAAAAUCAAAUAUUAAAAAUUGCCCCAACGGACGUGCUCCAAAGAUAGAAAAGUGAUCCACGUAUUCCACAGUUCCUUUUGACCGCUAUACUUUGCCCUGCCUCGCUUAACCCGCUGUCCGCUUUUUUUUUCGUUCGUGAAAGAAAGAAACAAGGAGAAAAGUGACGUGACGUGCCAAGCGAAAGAGCUUGAAAAAAAAAAACACUAGAAAGCCGAAAAAGUGAAAAAAGCAGAACACACAAAUUUAUAAAAAGAACAAUGGCCAGUGCAGAUCAGAAACACGCCACCGGCAAUGGCUCAGCCGGCAACGGAACACUUGCCGAAGAUCAGCCCAAGGACGCCAAGGACCUGUUGCCGCACCUGGAGUCCCUCGAGCGGAUCAUCAAGCUCCCCGUGGUCAAUGCGGCGUGGGACAAAUCGCAGGAUGUCUAUGGCAAAGUAAAAGGGAAGAACCGCGUCUUCGAAUGGGCCCUGACGGCCGCCGAGGAUUGUGUGACGCGUGCCGUGACGACAGCAGCUCCAUUCGUCACCAAGUUGGACCGACCCAUCGCCUAUGUGGACCAGACCCUGGUCAAGGGCAUCGACAAGCUGGAGGUGAAGGCACCGAUCAUCAAGGACACACCCCAGGAGAUCUACAAUCAGGCCAAGAGCAAGGUGAUCGAUGUGGUCCAGCCGCACCUGGAGCGCGUGGUCAAGUUCAAGGCGGCCGGCCAGCAGAAGGCGGCCUCCCUGAAGGAUCUCGCCUGGCAGAAGGCCAACGAGGUCCUGGCCACGCAAUACGGCAGCCUGGCCGUCAAUGGUGUGGACACCACCACAGCGCUGGCCGAGCGCCUGCUCGAGUACUAUUUCCCCAAGUGCGAGUCCGAUGUGGAGGAGGAUAAUGAUGAUAAACAAAAUGCCGUCGUGCAAAAUGGCAAGAGUUCUGAAAAUGACAUGCCAGUUCCCGCCAGCGAGGAUCCAGUCCUACACACAGUCCAGACGGUUGGACGGCUAUCCAACAAGAUCUCGCGUCGCGUCUAUCGAAAUGUCUCCCGACAGAUCAAGCAGGUCCAGAAGGGCAACAUCAACGACUAUCUGAGCUCCCUGAUAGCCGCCCUGAAGCUGCAUCAGUACAUCAACUUUAUAAACUCAUCGAUGGGCACCAAUGUGGAGCAGUCGACGCUGGCCAGUGACACCUGUUCGCCCUUCGGCGGAGUCGCCACCAACAGCAGCAACAGCAACACCAACACCAACACCAACGUUAACUCCAACUCCAACUCCAACUCCUCGGGAGCGGCUGUGGCCAAGAGCAAACCAGCGGCGGCGUCGUCGUCUCAGUAAAGAUAUAUACAAAACAUAUCUGAAGCUUAGAUAUUAUCUAUCACACACACACACAUCCUGCACGCAUAUCCCAAGACCCACACCGCCCAUAUUUUUUUUUCUUAAUUAUAUUUUUAUAAUUUCGUUUUUUUUUAAAAUUUUGUUGCAAAAAUUUAUACUUUAAAAUAUAAAAAGAAAGGGAUCAAUUAGCAAAGAACAAGAAAUAAGUGUGCAACAGCAGCCUCCCUUUUUGAUUUGUAAAUAUUUAUUUGAAGUAUAUAGCCAGCCUUCAGCACACCCGUACACACACCCCCCCCCACACACACACCACCUUAGCCUGUAAGUUGUAGUCGUUAGAUUGAGAUCGGGAGUAAGAAGAGACGGACGAUCCUUCGUCGAUUUUAGCUGUGCUAAAAGGCGUCCAAAGUGCCACUUGCAUUGAAUAUAAUAUACAUACUAUAUAUACGCCUAUAUAUACCUAAAAUAUAUACACUGAUAUAUAUAAAUAUAUACACACAUUGGCCUAGAUAGUGUGGGUUAGCUCUACGUAUACGUAAUCUUAAUGUCUAAAUCUAUUUUUUAUUCUCUACGCUCACUGGAAGCCCCUAAAACCAGAUGAUGUCUAAUUGCUAAUGAAAAUGAAUUAUGCCUAAUAUAUAUACACACACACACACCCCAAAGCCACACACACCCACACACAUACACAACACACACUUGUAUGAAGAACCUAGCCAUAAUGUUUGCUCUAAACAACAACUAGUUUGAUACUAUUAAAUAUUAUUAAUAAUAAUAAAAAGAAGAGAAAACCAA